CAAGGGAGGUCACGAGCGGGGAAAGACUCUCGAGGAUCGCGGAUCCAGACAGGACUCGCGACCUGGAAGUCCUUCCUGAGUCCAUGCGGAAGCACGUGGCCUAAGGUCAAGUAUAGUCGGAGGGAUGAGCAAAGGUUGUGGAAUUUGCGGGAUUUAUCCCCGUUGGCUGCGACAUCGUGCCACACCGAAAAAUUUCAUCGCUGUCUAUGGUCUCCUCGGCACCGUACAGGCGAUGGCCUUCAUUUACAUCGUUGUCACCCUCACGACCCUAGAGAAAAGAUUCAAGAUACCUAGUCGCACAACAGGAUUAAUUCUAUCUGGCAACGAGAUCUCUCAAAUUUUAUCUCUGAUAUUGACCUACUACGGCGGCUCGGGGCACCGUCCAAGAUGGAUUGCGAUUGGCGUCGGUCUGAGCGCGUUCUCGUGCCUGGUUCUCGCGCUUCCGCACUUUUUGUACGGGCCUGGAAGGGACGCGAUGGCCUUGACGAAAGAACAUCUCGACCAGACUCUAUUGAACGCCACUACGAUCCCUGAGGACCUGGCGAUCUGUCCACGGGUCGUCAGACCGGAGCGUUGCGACGAGGAGACGCUGAUGGACGUUAGUAUCCUCCCGCGGCUUUUGGUCUUUCUAUCCCAAUUCAUCCUCGGGAUCGGCACCACUCUCUAUUACGGUCUCGGUCAAACGUACCUGGACGAUAAUACCAAGAAGAAAAAUACUCCGAUGCUUCUAGGAUUCACAUUUGCGUUGAGGACGGUCGGUCCGGCAAUAGGAUUUCUGUUGGGCUACGGUUGUCUCAGUCUGUACAUAGAUCCCAGUUUACAUCCCGUGAUCACGAAAAAUGAUCCACGAUGGCUGGGCGCAUGGUGGCUGGGUUGGAUUAUUCUCGGCGCCACGAUGGCCAUGUUUGCGAUCCUGAUUGCCAUGUUCCCUCGAGAUCUGCCAGCAACAAAAACAACUGCGACUAAUAACACUGCCAAGAAGGACGGUAGUAUACCGCUAAAAUUGCACCUGGACGCGCAAGAGCAGUAUAUGAAACCGAUGGAACCGCGGAAGUCGCUCGAGACCGAAUACAUUCCGACUAUGCGUGAAUUCCCGACGGCGAUGAAAAGGUUGCUUACAAAUUGGCUGUUAACAUUCAACAAUCUAAGCGGGGUGUUUUACGUGUUAGGUGCAUCAGCAUACAUAACGUUUUUGGCGAAAUACCUUGAGGUUCAGUACAGCACAUCUGCUGCCGGUGGUACCGUGAUUGCAGGUCCUAUAUCGCUGGUCGGUAUGGUAUUGGGAUUUCUACUCUCUGGGCUGAUAAUUAGCAGAUUCAAACCUGGUCCUAGACCACUGCUCGCAUGGAACGUGUUCGUUGGUAUCUGCUUUGUCGCCGGUCAAGUACUCUUCAUAUUCCUUGGUUGCUCCGACGUUGGUAUGAGAGGCCUCGACUUGGAGACUAUGCAAAUGAAUUUGACAGCUCCUUGCAAUAUCGGUUGCAACUGCGAAGGCGUCAAGUAUUCUCCGGUCUGCCACGAGGCCUCCAAGACAACAUUUUUCUCAGCGUGUCACGCUGGUUGUCGGAGCAUAAUCAACGACAAGGAAUUCGGGAACUGUAGCUGCCUGCCUCUGAUGGACUCGUUCAAUUUCGAGGAUCAUUUCGGUUACACCACCGACAGCAAGUCGCUGUUACAGAGUCAACCGAUCUACCUGAACGAUCCUCAGACCCUGAAUUUUGGGAAAGUUCGAGCUGGACCGUGCACGAACGAUUGCAGCCGCCCUUACAUUCUGUUUACGAUUCUCACCUGUAUUAUACAGACGUUGGCGUGUUCCGGGAAAAUUGGUAACGUCCUGGUGAAUUAUCGUAGCGUGGACAAGAAGGACAAAAGCUUCGCGCAGGGUAUCACCUUGAUGACGAUCUCUUUGUUCGCGCUGAUACCGGGCCCAAUUAUUUACGGAGCUAUUAUUGACUCCACCUGUAUGAUCUGGGAAGAGUCAUGCGGGACCAGAGGGAACUGCUGGUUCCACCAUGGACGGAACUUCCGGUAUCUGGUGAACAUUACGUCGGCUGGUUUCUCCAUGAUAGGAGUAUUGUUCGAUGCAGCGGUUUGCUAUCUCGGGAAGGAUUUGGAUCUUUACGGGACCCUGGAGACCGACAAACGUCGCGAAUUUAUUAAGGAAGAUCCGGCGCCGUCGAUGAGCGAGAAAAAGAAAGAAAUAAACGGGAAUGUAAAUUAGAGAGGAGAGACGCAGCCGUUUGUACUGAUUAUAACUCGAGACUACUCGAAGAUAAUGUGCAACCUAGGAGUUUUAAGUUUCACAUAAAAUUGAGGUUCACACGAAAAUCGUUUGGGUACCUGAAUUUCGGAACCUUCCAUGACCGAUUACGAUUCAUGAAACGAGUGUGAAUAGAGUGCAGACACAGAAGAUAUUUCUUUAAAAUAUGUCAUAUAUCUUUGUUAAUUGUUAAACAACCGAGGAAUCAAUGAUAAUUGAAAUGAUACUGAUCUACUGUCGAUUUACAUUCCAAAUGUCUGGAGCAUUUGUACGAUUGUACAGUGUUAUUUCUCUCUGUUUGUAAAU